AUGAAUAGAACAAUAUGUUCUAGAAUAAGAGCUUUCACAACCAAUUCACUCAACCUACUCACUCAAACAGGAUCACAACAACCAACGAUAGACUUACUAACACCAGCAAUGUUACAAUCACGCCUAGCAAGACUAACUAACCUAAACGUCCAUGCAGACCACGACACCGCCUUAAGGAAGACAUCCAUAAUUGGGACCAUAGGACCCAAAUCCAAUUCCAUAGAAAUGAUCACAUCCCUAAGGGAUGCCGGUUUGAACAUCAUUAGGAUGAAUUUCUCACAUGGAACACAUGAAUUCCAUAGCUCCGUCAUUGAUAAUGCUGUACAAUCAGAGUUCCUUGAUGACGGGAGGCCAUUAGGGAUUGCGUUGGAUACUAAGGGUCCCGAAAUUAGAACUGGUAUCACUCGCGAUAAUAAGGAUUAUGCCGUGAAACAAGGGCAUGAGAUGCUUUUCACUACUGAUCCUAAGUAUAAGGAGAUUUGUGAUGAUCAAGUUAUGUAUUUGGAUUAUGUUAAUAUUACGAAGGUUAUUUCAGUGGGGAAAAUCAUUUAUGUAGAUGAUGGGGUUCUGUCAUUUAAAGUAUUGAAAAUUAUUGACAAGGAAAAUUUAAAAGUACAAGUGUUGAAUGAUGGAGUUAUUUCCUCGCAUAAGGGUGUUAAUUUGCCCGGUACUGAUGUCGAUUUACCAACGCUGUCUGAGAAGGAUAUGUUGGAUUUAGAAUUCGGUAUUGAGAAGGGAGUUCAUAUGAUUUUUGCAUCUUUUAUCAGGUCUGCUAAGGAUGUAUUGACGAUUAGAGAAUUUUUGGGUGAAGAAGGUAAAGAUAUUAAGAUUAUAUCCAAAAUCGAAAAUCAACAGGGUGUUAAUAAUUUUGAUGAAAUUUUGAAAGUUACAGAUGGUAUCAUGGUUGCAAGAGGUGAUCUUGGUAUUGAAAUUCCAACUCCGCAAGUUUUAGCAGUACAAAAAAGAUUGAUUGCAAAAUGUAACUUAGUGGGGAAACCUGUAAUUUGUGCCACCCAAAUGUUAGAAUCAAUGACUUAUAAUCCAAGACCAACAAGAGCAGAAGUUUCAGACGUAGGGAACGCCAUAUUAGAUGGUGCGGACUGUAUCAUGUUAUCAGGUGAAACUGCAAAGGGGGAUUAUCCAAUUGAAGCUGUAAAAAUGAUGACACAGACUGCUCUUGUAGCGGAAAAUGCAAUUCCUUAUUUAGCAAAUUAUGAUGAUAUCAGAAAUUGUACACCAAAACCAACUCCAACAACUGAAACUGUAGCAGCUUCGUCAGUGGCAGCUGUUUUUGAACAGAAUGCUAAAGCGAUAAUUGUACUGUCAACAAGUGGUGAAACUGCAAGGUUAUGUUCUAAAUAUAGACCGAACUGUCCGAUAAUCUUAGUAACAAGAAAUAGGGGAACUGCUAGAUUUUCUCAUCUGUACAGAGGUGUUUAUCCAUUCGUUUAUGAAUUACCCCCUCUAGAGGAUUGGGUUAAAGAUGUUGAGAAAAGAUUGAAUUUCGGGAUAGAAAUGGGUAAGGAAUUAAAUAUAUUACAAAAGGGUGAUGCAGUAGUGACAAUCCAAGGUUUUAAGUGCGGUGUUGGCCAUUCAAAUACAUUGCAUGUUUUAACUAUUUGA